GUUAUUUGUUUGAAAAAGACAAUUUGCCAUUUUCUAGUUAUCAAGCGUGUCGGAUUUUUUUUUUGUUAAUAACGAACACACAUUUUUAGUUUUGUGAUAAGUUUCCGUUAAAUCAAAAAUGAGUGCCAAAUUGUGUGUCUCAAUAUUUUUGCUGUCGCUUUCAUUACAAGUGGCAAAUGUGCUGGGAAAAUAUCUUACUGAAAGACCGAACUUUUUAAAUCCCUGUGAUUUCAAUGAUCCAAAUUUGAAUGUGUGUUUUGCAAAGAAUUUCCAAGUAUUAUUCCGCGAGUGGAAGGAUGGCAUUCCCGGCUUAAAAACUUUGGGCUCUUUGGAACCCUUAAGUAUUAGACGGAUCAAAAUUAAUCAAGACGAUGGCGGCAUACUGCGUAUUAAUGCUGAAUUGGAGAAUAUGCUUGUCACCGGUUCCAGCGGCGCUAAGGUCGUGAAGGCAACGCUGGAUAAAAAAACUUUGGAAGUGCACGCAACAAUCGAAAUACCACAUCUCCGAGGUGUUGGCAAUUAUAAGGUUACAGGCUCGGUUUUAGGCCUAAAUCUAAAUGGACAGGGUACAGCAAACUUUGAAGCAAAGAACAUCGUGCUGACCUUCCACACAACUACACGAACACGUCAUGAGGGUGAUCUGACAUUCUCUGAAAUUCUCGGUUUCAAAGCGAAAAUUCAGAAAAUCGGCGAUUUUCAUAUAAACGUACAGAAUUUAUUCGGCGGCCAGAAAGAGCUCGAAAAUAGCGCCAAUGAUCUGUUCAAUCAGAAUUGGCGCGACUUGUAUGGUACUUUGGCGCCGACAUUGGAGCAGACGUUGGAGUUGAUAUUAAAGGAUCGCUUUACAAAAAUCUACUCAUAUGUACCGGCAACAUAUUUUAUUUCCAAUUUGCCAUGAGUAAGAUGUUGACAGAGAUGGUAAAUGAUGGAGCAAUUAUUGUGAUGAUUAAGUAAUUUGUUAAAAUUUUUUUAU